AUGCGUUUGAAUGAACCAGCACAAAAAGCGCGACCCAGAACUAAAUCAACGAUAGAAGCCACUAAGUCUCCAUCCGCAAACGCCACUGCAUAUUCGGGACACCGCUCCCCGGCGAGGCGGCGACGACCCAUUGAAUGUUCCACACGCAAUCUGAUCAGGCUGUUCCUCCUCACCACAACGAUCAUGGGCGGCGGAUUUGUGCGGGCCAAGACCAUCUACGAAUCAGUUAACAGGAUCCAGGGGCUGGAUGAGAUGGAACCACUUCUGGAACAUGCGGUCACUGCCAAAGUUCCCACGGAGAACGCAUCCACAGCCACGCCCUCGGCUUCGCCUCCCCCUCUGCUGUCCACGUUACGGAGCAGUUACGAUUCGAAUGAAAUCGAUAACUCCUUUCCAGCGGAUGGGACCAGUCGGGCCGUUGAGGAGGAAUCGGAGUCGGACGAUGGCAUGGAUGCCGAUUACGUCAUCCCGGAGGAGGCUCAGACAUCUACGGCGUUAGCCGCGAUCCUCCCUGGAGGUAAAUCCCAGGACUUGGCAUCGCUAUCCCUGCAGGCAGAAGCCGUUGGCACGGUGGUGCCCAAGACCAGUCCGGAUUCCUCUGCUUCGGGGCGUAAGAACUCCUUCCAGCAGAUCGGCAGCCAAAAAGUAAAUGCCUUAGUGCCGGCUACAGUGGCCACAGCGAUGAGCUCAUCCAAUGGCUCCUCAGCGGUGGUUGGCCCCACGGAACCAGCGAGGAAUCGAAGCAGCAAUGUGCGCACCUCCGCCGUCAAGGUGGACAGCAAGCAUCCGCUGCCCAAGGGCCAGAAGACAGAUGCUCCCAUGCUGAACUAUAUCUUUGAUACGUUCUCUUCGGCUAAUAAGCAUCACCAUCACGAUCAGAGGUAUGGACCCCACUUUGAGGAUAUGCAGCGAGUGGGUCAGGCCACCAAUCUCACCGUGCAGGCUGGCUCCAGCAUCCACCUAAACUGCAGGAUUUCGCUGCUGCAGGAUAAGACUGUCUCUUGGGUGCGCCACAACACGCAGGAGGAGGAUAAUGCCCUGGACCUGCUCACCGUGGGCAUGCACACGUACACGGGUGAUAAACGCUACAAAAUGGAGUUUCAAUACCCCAACAACUGGCGACUAAAGAUAACCAAUGUAAAGAAGGACGAUGAGGCCAUAUACGAGUGCCAGAUCUCGACCCAUCCGCCCCGCGUCAUCCAAAUAAACCUGCAUGUGAAUGGUAAAUAUAUAAACCUUUACAAAGUAUACUUUAAAUUGAUGAUAAUUGGGGGACUUUGCACAGCUCCCAAGGUGAUGAUAGUGGACGAGGUGGGUGAUCCUCUCCAGGAGAAGUACUACGAGAUAGACUCCACCCUGCAGUUGUCCUGUGUGGUGCGAAAUGUGGCCAUGACCAGUUCUGUGGUCUUUUGGAAGCACAUCGACAACAUCCUCAACUAUGAUGUAACUCGAGGGGGAGUGAGCGUCAAAACGGAACUGAUGGAGGAUGGAGCCAACUCAACGCUCUCCAUAGCCAAGAUUAGCAAAACGGAUUCUGGCAACUAUACGUGCUCCAUUAGCGACUACCAGAACUUUACCAUUGUGGUGCACAUUCUGAAUGGCGAAAGCUUUGCCGAACUGCAUCAUGGUGCCGCUGGAGUGGUUCAGGCCACAUGGUGGCAUCUGGUCAUGAUGCUCCAUCUCCUGGCACUCCUCCAGUUGACUGCGAGUAGGUUUAGAGGGGACUUUAGCUAAGGUUCCCGAUUAUUUCCAUAGGUGUAGGUUAAGUGGGAGUAAACAAUAUGAAACGAGAGAACAUCGUUUAUCCUGUAGCACUUUUUGUUGAUUAAUUGUAAAGUAUUUGAAUUUUGGAUAGGGCAGUUAUUAGAAAUAACUAAAAACGCAGCCUAAGUUUAACUGGCUAUUAUAGAUAUGUUUCUACGUCUAUCAUCAAUUUGUACAUGAGCAGGCACGCCUAGGAUUAAGUCUAAGCUAAGCUAGGAGUACAGUACUCCGACAAACCGAGAAGGAGGAGAAGAGAGGCCAACGAAUUUCCCUAGCAGAAGAAUGUCAGACAGUAUGUCAGAGCCUAGAGAUCUAGGUGAUACAGGAAUGUAAAGCAUAAUGUAAUCUAAGUCACUACGAACGAGUUCAUUAUCACAAGCGGGGCUGGCAUAACUUAAGCUUUUUGCGGAGAGGAAACAGCAGCUAUCCUGUGUGUGUGGAAAACUACUCAAUGUUGAACUAAUAUAAAUAAUACUGUCAUAUACAUAUUAUAUACAUACACACACACACACACACACAAUGAACAGAAGCAUCGGUCAAAUGAUAUGUUAAUAAAUGAAUACUCGUAUGUAUGCAAAAAUAAAGUGAACUAUAAAUGAGUACAGAAAGUGUUUUAAAUUCAGCGCGAAAAAUCGAUAUUUUGCCUAUCGACUAGGCAAAAAUAAAGUGAACUAUAAAUGAGUACAGAAAGUGUUUUAAAUUCAGCGCGAAAAAUCGAUAUUUUGCCUAUCGACUAGGCAGAGUUGCCAGACGCUCGAACCUUAGGAGCAAUGUUGCCGGACUGCUACGUUCUAUUAAUAAUAAAUUGUUUUUAUUUAAAGUAAUUAAAUUUUGCUUAUGUAUGUCCUACAGAAGAUG